UUCUCCCGGAUCUGAUUUGGAUCAGAUCCUUUCAUCUUUGAUCUUUGGGACAUUUGGAAAUUUUUCUCUGAUCGUUUGUUAUUUACUGAAGCAGUGGGGAGUUUAUUUGAUGUCUCUCCAAGAAUGAAGCGUUGAGGAAUCCGUCACUGACUCCGAACGCAAAUCUGUUGGCAUGUGCAGUUGACUCUUGCGAGCGCCGAGUUUCUCGUUUCUUAAUCUUCCUGUUUAUUUUUUAUACCUGUAAAAAAGAAUGAAAAGGAAAACUGUUUGACACACGCUGAUCCUCGCUUUUUACUGUGGCCACUGGGACGAUCGGGACAGGCGAUCUGGUGCUAGUAGAUUAAUAGAGAACUCGAUAGUCCGGUGGAUGGACAGUGGCCCGAACGACGAUCUCCUAUAAUCAGUAUUGACUGAAUAAACCGCUGCGACGAUGGACGCCUUCCGGUUGAUGCUCCCCAUCCUCCUGCUGAUCCUGGAGCAGACCGCGUCCACCGGCGGCCAGCGCCUGCAGAACCCCUUCUUCAACCCGAUGCAGCAGCAGAUGAUGAUGAACAACAUGCUGGGGAUCAACCAACUGCCGCGUCCCAACGACGCGCAGACGGCGCAGCUGUACCUGGACGAGCGCGUCCCGGAGGGCAGCCAGAGCGCCGCCAGCCAGACCACGGUCCCGCGCCUGAUCGACCGCAUUCUCCCGUGUCUCGGGGGCAACGCCACGUUGGCGGCGCGCGACUGGCUGCAUGAGCCGCGGAAGGAGCAGUUCAAGUACCACUCCUACCAGGAUCUCUUGGCCAAGAUGAACGAUCUGGCCGGGCGGUUCCCGGGGAUCACGCGGCUGUAUACGGUGGGGCAGAGUGUGCAGGGACGGCAGCUGCUGGUUAUGGAGAUCUCCAGCCAGCCUAAUGUGCACCAGCCGGGCAAGCCGGAAUUCAAGUACGUGGGCAACAUGCACGGCAACGAGGUGGUGGGCCGGGAACUACUCCUCUUAUUAAUCCAAGCCCUCCUGGAGAACUACCACGACUCCCCAUGCGUCCAGACCCUCGUCAACGCCACCCGCAUCCACAUCCUGCCUUCCAUGAACCCCGACGGCUUCGAGGCCAGCCAUCCCGGGGACUACGAGAGCGUCCAGGGCCGCGGCAACGCCAACAACGUGGACUUGAACCGCAAUUUCCCCGACCAGUUCCUCACCACCAACGACAACGCCCGCCAGCAGCCGGAGACGGCCGCCGUCAUGGCCUGGAUCCGCCGCUACCCCUUCGUCCUGUCCGCCAACCUCCACGGGGGCUCGCUGGUGGCCAACUACCCCUUCGAUGACCUGCAGCAGAACCCCACCGGUCCCGCGGUGUACAGUCAGAGCCCGGAUGACGCCGUGUUCAAGCAGCUGGCCGAGGCGUACUCGCAGGCGCACCAGACCAUGUACGAAGGCCAUCCCUGCCGACGCUACAUGGACUCGGAGUACUUCAAGGACGGCAUCACCAACGGCGCCAAAUGGUACCCGGUGGCCGGCGGGAUGCAGGACUGGAACUACCUGCACAGCAACGCCUUCGAGAUCACCCUGGAGCUGGGCUGCUGGAAGUACCCCACCGCCGAGCACCUGGCAUCCUUCUGGGAGGCCAACAAGCGCCCGCUGAUCGCCUUCAUGAUGGAGGUGCACAAGGGCGUCAAGGGCUUCGUCCGCGACGAGGCGGGGCAGCCGUUGGAGGGCGUGAGUGUCCAGGUGGAGGGGAUCGAUCACGUGGUGACGUCGGCGGUGGACGGGGAUUAUUGGCGGUUGUUGGUGCCGGGGACGUACCGGUUGUUCGCUUACAAGAAGGGCUAUGAGACGGAGCGCCGCAAGGUGACGGUGCUGGCGGAGACGCCGGCUGUCGUGGUCAACUUCACGCUGAAGAGCAGUGGAGCCGGGAUGACCACCGCCGGCCCGGGCGAUGAGGUGCAGUUCGACAUGGAGGUGGUGCGGCUGAAUACGCAGCGCCCCGUGGAGGAGCUGGAGGCCGACACCACCACCAAGCGGGAGGUCGGGGCGCUGACGACUAAAAAGGGCCAGGAGGAGAUUUCAACUGGGCUGGGUUUCGGCAUCAUGCUGCUGUUUUUCUGCGGAUCGGUGCUGAUGCUGGGCUUCUUCGUGUUGUGCUGCGUGAACAUGCGGCGGCGACGGGCGGCCAGCAAGGCGGACGUGGAGGUGGGCUUGGCCAACGCCAACAACCGGCGCACCCCGGUGCGCAUGCAGGACCUGUCCGGCUCCCCGUCGCGACUGAAGCCGGGGGUGGGCCCGGGGGCGGGGCGGCGGGAGGGGGCCGAGGCGCGCUCCCUCCUGGCGCAGGACGACGAGUGAGGCGUGCGCGGCGGUUUAGUUGGUGUUUAGUUUGACGCGUUCCCUUUUGUCUUUCUCUCUCACUCGGUGUUUGGACUCUUUUUGGUAUUAUGCAUCUCUCACCCAGUCUCUCUCGUUCCCGUUCAUUUAUAAAGAUGUUGUUUUAUUUGAAUUCUCAGAGUCUCUAGAUGGUCAGUCUGUUGCGGGAGGUGGCCGGCGCCGGGCAGUCGAGUGAUUUGUGUUUCCGUGCUGUUCAAUAAGCUGCAGUUUUGCUCAGACGAUCCAUCGUGU